GUAUCGGCAUGUCUCGAUAAAGAAUAACACGUUUCAGUCAUGAUUCCCAUUUUAAUGUAGAUGUAAAUAUUGUAUUUAGUCAUUUUAAGUUAGUUGAGUAUUAAACUGACUUACCUAGGCAGUUAAAAUAAUUUUAUGUUAAUUCGUGUCGCACAAAAGCCGUGACACAUAUACGUGGACUAUUACAGAAAAUGGUGAUAAACAAUUGAAUGUCAGUUUCGCGGUAAAGCAUACAUUUACUUAAUGCACGCAGAUGUUUCGUCGUAAUAAAAACGAUGGAACUGAAUACACAAAACUUCAAUUAUGGGAUACAGAUACAAGGCCUACAAAACAUUCGAAUACGGAAGAAGCCGGGCGGCGCGGCGCGGGGGACGUGAGCGCGGGCGCCGGCGAUAUGUGGAUCAGUGCCGUCGAAAGUUCUAUCCUAAGUUGGGAGGCGGUGGCUGAGCGUUUGCAAGUGGACGUACGACGUGGCUUAUCAUGGCGGGAAGCGAACGAUCGUAUGAAUUUCGUGGGGCCCAACGAGUUCCAAGUGAAGGAACAGGAGCCGCUGUGGAAGAAGUACAUCGAGCAAUUUCAGAAUCCACUUAUUCUGCUAUUGCUUGGUUCAGCUGUCGUGAGUAUUUGUAUGCGACAGUUCGACGACGCGAUCUCAAUAACCGUGGCCAUCAUGAUUGUGGUGACAGUCGCCUUUGUGCAGGAAUAUCGAUCGGAGAAAUCGCUCGAAGAGCUGAAUAAACUGGUACCACCUUCCUGCAACUGUCUUCGAGAAGGCAGCGUUGAACAUUUCCUCGCUCGAAACCUCGUGCCCGGCGACAUAAUACACCUGAAUGUAGGCGAUAGGGUGCCCGCCGAUUUGAGGCUUUACGAAUCUACAGAUCUCGCGAUAGAUGAGUCCUCCUUCACGGGCGAGACAGAACCGGCUAUUAAAAGCGUGUUGCCGAACAAAGCGACCGCGGGCAGAGUCAAUAAGGACAAUGUCGCGUUUAUGGGUACUCUAGUCAGAUGUGGAAAUGCAAAGGGUAUAGUAGUGAGCACCGGCGAGCGUUCAGAAUUCGGGGACAUGUUCCGGAUGAUGCAAGCUGAAGAGUCGCCCAAGACCCCUCUACAGCGAUCCAUGGAUACACUCGGGACUCAACUCUCUAUGUACUCGUUCUGCAUUAUCGGUUUCAUAAUGGUAGCUGGCUGGCUGCAAGGGAAGGCGAUCCAGGAGAUGUUCACCAUCGGCGUGAGUUUGGCUGUCGCUGCGAUACCAGAAGGCCUACCGAUCGUCGUAACGGUGACGUUAGCCUUGGGCGUGAUGCGUAUGGCGAAGAGAAAUGCCAUAGUGAAGAAGCUACCCACUGUUGAGACGCUCGGCUGUGUCAACGUUAUAUGCAGUGAUAAAACCGGCACGUUAACAAAGAACGAAAUGACGGUCACAACACUAUCGACAUCGGGCGGACAUAUCGCGGAGGUGACGGGGGCGGGGUACGGCGCUAGAGGGGAGAUACAGCUCAGAGCUUACAAGGGCAGGGACCUCGACGUGGCUAGGAUGGGCGUUACCAGCAUGCUUGAGGUUGGAGUUUUAUGCAACAACGCGACUAUCCGUGACGACGUACUGUACGGCCAACCGACAGAGGGCGCUCUACUGGCCUGCGCCAUGAAGAACAACAUGCACGACUUCAGGGAACAGUACACUAGACUCAAUGAAAUACCUUUUAGUUCAGAGACCAAGAUGAUGGUAGUGAAAUGUGCGCCAAAGUACCACGACGGAAGGGUAGUCGAGGAAGUGUUCGUGAAAGGUGCCAUAGAGAAGUUGCUGCCGCUCUGUACCAACUACAUCGACAGCGCGGGCAACUGCGUUCCCAUCACGAAGGAGAAGCAGGCUGACUUCCUGAACGAGGCCUACAACAUCGGGAGGAUGGGGCUGCGCAUAAUCGCGCUGUGCCGCGGGCGCAGCCUGGACGCGCUGACGUACACGGGCGUGUGCGGCGUGUGCGACCCGCCGCGGGAGGCGGCGCGCGACGCCAUCGCCGCGCUGCGCCGCGCGCAGGUGCACGUCAAGAUGGUCACCGGCGACGCGCGCCCCACCGCGCUCGCCGUCGCUCAAAUGGUUGGACUCGACGUGUUACAUUCACAAUCUCUAUCUGGGGACCAGAUGGACAGCAUGUCUGACGACGAACUGGACGCUAUCAUUGAUUCGGUUACAGUAUUCUACAGGGUGUCGCCGAAACAUAAACUGGCAAUUGUCAAGUCGCUACAAAGACUUGGCAAUAUAGUUGGAAUGACAGGUGACGGUGUUAACGACGGCGUGGCGUUAAAGAGAGCGGAUAUCGGAAUCGCUAUGGGUCGGAACGGCACUGACGUGUGCAAGGAAGCGGCUGACAUGAUCCUUGUUGACGACGACUUCGCAACCAUCAUAUCCGCCAUCGAGGAGGGCAAGUGUAUCUUCUACAACAUCCGCAACUUCGUCCGCUUCCAGCUGUCGACGUCCAUCGCGGCCCUGUCGCUGGUGGCCCUCGCCACUCUGCUGGGCGUGCCCAACCCGCUCAACGCCAUGCAGAUACUGUGGAUCAAUAUCAUCAUGGACGGCCCGCCGGCGCAGUCGCUGGGCGUGGAGCCCGUGGACCGCUCGGUGCUGCGGCGCCGGCCGCGCGACACGGCGCGCCGCAUCAUCUCGCGCGCGCUGCUGCUGUCCGUGCUGCUGUCCGCCGCCGUCAUCAUCGCCGGCACGCUCUGGGUCUUCAACCGCGAGAUGUCAGACAACAAGAUAACGCCGCGUGACACGACGAUGACCUUCACCUGCUUCGUCCUGUUCGACAUGUUCAACGCGUUGUCGUGUCGCUCGCAAACCAAAUCGAUCUUUCAAAUCGGUUUCUUUUCUAACAAAAUGUUCUUGAUAGCAGUGACUCUAAGUCUAGUGGGACAAAUGUUGGUAAUCUACUUCCCACCAUUACAGAGGGUGUUUCAAACUGAGGCGCUCACUGGACACGAUCUCAUAUUCCUAGUCUGCCUAACAUCGAGCGUUUUUAUCGUAAGCGAAGUCAAGAAACUCAUCGAGCGAACGUUGAAGAAGCGAUCGUUCGGAAAGUUCUCGACGAAGCCACACGACGCCCUGGAUUUUGUAUGACACGAGUCCGAGAGGAAGACUCAGUAGGCGCCCGCGGCGGCCCGAGUCGCUGCGGCGCGCCGCCCGCCGGGCCGCCCGCCGGGCCGCGCGCGGGUGACGCCCCGUGCGCGCACGUGGACGCCGACGGUGCCAGUGACGAAGUGCGAGUGUGUUUCUGUGACAAAACGCGGCGCGGUGCGCCCGAAGCGAGUGCGGGCGCGGUCGGCCGGCCCUUCGCGAUAUCCGACGGCAAAAUCGAUAUUCCUUUUUAACUCUAUUAAUCCGUGUCGCAGUAUUUUUGUUUAGUAGCAAAUUUUUUUUGAUAUACUUUUGUAGUGUAGACUAAGCGGAAUCUUGGAAUGUAACUUUAUUUUUAUUAGUUACGCUUACUGAUAUUGAUGUUGUUAGAUUAAAGUGGUUAGUUAGGUUACGAUUUUGUGAAUUAUUUAUUUCGAUUGUGUUAUUUCUUUUAGAUC